GCUGAAGCUCCGGUCACCCUGUUUCGAUUAUUUGGUGGUGACAGUCCUUGUUCUGGGAGCUUGCAGGUAUUUUAUAAUGAAACAUGGGUUCCAGCAGAAGUCAUCCCAGUUUGGAAUAUCAGUGAAGCAACUCCAGUCUGUGAAAAACUGGACUGUGGAAACGCCUUUGAUGUUCAACCACUUCAAUAUCCCAAUUCCCAACUGCAACACUCCCAAUACAAUUCAGGACUGCUUGAGUGUAACUUUGGGGGGCGACAUUUUUUUAACUGCACAGAAGCUCAGAAAGGUUAUUACAUUAAUAGGACGAAUGUCAUCUGUAGAGGUCACAGAGCUGUGCGUUUGGCUGGAGGUAGAGACGCUUGUGCUGGAAGAGUGGAGGUCUGGGAGGAGGGGUUUUGGGGUACUGUGUGUGACGAUUGGUGGGACAUGAAGGAUGGCGAUGUGGCCUGUGCACAGGUGGGCUGUGGAUUUGCUGUGGAAGUGCUGUCGGACGGGGCACGCCAGUUUGGAAAUGGGCACGGCCCUAUUCUGUUGGAUGAUGUGAACUGUACAGGGACUGAAAGAUUUCUGUGGGAGUGCCCAGUUCUCAAACAUAGUGGGGACUGUGGGCACAAAGAAGACGCUGGAGUCAUAUGUUCAGAGCAUAAAGCAAUACGCUUGAGCGGUGGCUUGGACAGGUGUUCUGGCAGAGUGGAAAUCCACCGUAAUGGGUCAUGGGGAACAGUAUGUGACACCUUGUGGGGAAAAGACGAGGGGGCAAUGGUGUGCUCCAUGCUGGGCUGUGGGGACCAGGUGAAGGUCAGCGGUUUUAACACCACCUUCAAACACAACACAACUGUAAAAUGGUUCUAUCAGUGCACUGCAAAUGCUCGUAGUCUUUGGGACUGCAGGGAAAUCGUCAAUAACCCAUACCUCUGCAAGAACUCAUUUGCAGCCGCAGUUGUGUGCAGCAAAUCUCUUGGACUUCCUCGCAUCACAGUCACUGCAGAAGAAACCUGGACCACUGGGACCCCAACAUCUGCUUUUAUUUUAAUAGAAAAGUCAGAUUUUCUUGUCACUCCACCAGUUCUGGGCUGUUUUGUGCUGUCACUUAUUCUGCUGCUGGUGAUGAUUCUUUAUGCUGUGCAGUUAUGUAGGUACAAGAAAAGAGACAAGAUGUCAGUUCAGCAGACCAAUUCUAACCUGCAGACGCUUCUCUUCGUAACUGAGAAUGAUUACCGAGAUGAUGUCAAUAUCAUUAAAGUUACAACAACAAACACACCAAACAACUGCAAUGUAAAUUCUCAAUUAGAAGCCACUCCGCUUGUUAAUGAUGAGUCCUCAUUUGAAGCUGACUAUGAGGACUAUGAUUUCAGUGUAGAACCUGCUGCCACCAUGUCCACCUUUCAAAAUUCCCUUCGAAAUAGAACAGAUAACAGAAGCCCUAGGAUGAGUACUAUCCCAAUGACUACCCUAGCAGAAGAAGAAUUCCAGUAUACUCCCAAUGCACCCAUAUACAGUGAAGCUUUAAAUGAAGACUCCUCCAGCACAUCUUCAGGAGAAAGCUACCAGAAUAACAAGGCUGUGAACUAUAACACACAAUCUGCUGAGGAUUGCAGCAGAUCCGCAGUUUGCACUCCUAACUCAUAUGUGGUCGACGAUGGUGUGUCUUGCCAGGAUGACAAAGAUGUGCACAGUCCAGUGUGGCAACUGCCCCCCUCCCAGUUUGAAAACACCAUGCCCCAGCCACACCACUGCAACCAGUUACACAACAAUUCCAUUGCAUUUAAUCCACUCAUUGACAACACGGCAGACUCCUCCAACACAUCAUCAGGAGAAUGCUACGAGAAUGUCGGCAGACUUAACUCCAAGUCACAAACUAUAGGUGUCUCUGACAAUCAUCAAGGCAAUGUUUGUCAAGAUCUCUCAUCAGAAAGCGAUUAUGACGACAUUGCAAACUACUGACAUUGAUGCAGAGCUGUAUUUCACUCUGGGCAUUCCUUCCAUUCCAUCUGGGUUUACAACAGGUGGAACUGGAUCGUUCUACCUGUUACCUUUACUUUUUUUUCUAUUUUCGAGGAUGGUUACAAAAGUAAUUGUUUGCUACUACUGAUUUCGUUGAAGCUUACUUUUUGAACUACGUACUAUUAAUAUCUGUUUCAUAACCUCAUCCCGUUUUAAUAUCCUCAUCAAUGAGAUGUUUUGUUUCAAGUUAAAACUAAAAAGCGUCUAGUAAAACAUAACAGGAUUCUUAACUCCAAAUCAAUUGAGAUGAUUUAACUACUAUACUUAUAAUACGAGAAGUUCCUUUGUAUAAAACAGUUUUCAAAAGGAUUUGAGGUUAUGAUUUAUGGACCAUAAGCUCAGGUUUUAUGUAUUGAGCUACACAGAGUUCAGCUUACUGCUCAGAUUUCACUGGUUUACCAGCAACAGUCGAUAGGGGUGCAGAUCUCAACUACAUAUUGCAUUUUUCAUUUAUAUUUAGAAAAAAAAAAAAAAAAUGUACAGUAUAAACAGGUAAACCUGUUCUGAGAUUAUUAUUCAUACAAGUCUGUUAUGAAAUUCCUGAGAAUACAUUUUGAUAAUUGUGGGCAGCACUGAUGUACUUUAGCUCUGUUACCUUUCUCUAGCUGGCAUUUUUUUUUUUUUUUUUGUAUAUGUGUGUAUGUAUGUGUAUGUACAGAUAGAUAGAUAGGAGUUUCAUUGGCCCUUAUGGUAUUUGUUCUGAAAAUGUCCAAUAACCAUUACUUAACACAAGACUUCUAAUGAGAUUACAGGAGGUAAGGAAGUGUUCUGCAUUUGUUGGUGACAGAAUAUAAGUGGCCUUGCUACUGUACGCUGUCCCGACAGACUGUGUUCAACCAAACAUUUCCAAGGCAUGUUCCUGAGAAUACCAAAGUUUUGUAAACAACAAAUCAAGAUUCACUUUAUUAAAGUCAUUUU